UCAUUUCAUUGAAUUAGAAAUAAAAUAAAAGAAUUUCUUGAAAAUGUCUUGCUGUGGAGGAAACUGUGGAUGUGGAUCUGAUUGCAAAUGUGGUAAUGGUUGUGGAGGAUGUAAGAUGUACCCUGAUAUGAGUAAUUACUCGGAGACAACCGCCGCCACCGCCACCACGGUUGUCGGUGUUGCCCCACGACAGACAUUCGCCGCGGUUAUGGAAAUGGGGUCGUCGGAGAAUGGUUGCGAGUGUGGAUCUAAUUGCAAAUGCAAUCCUUGCAAUUGCAAAUGAGACAAUAAUUUGAAAUAAAGUGGUGUUUUGUUCGAAUUAUGUAGUAAAAGUAACUAAUGUUGGAGUUGGUGUUUAUUAUAUGUGUUUGUUUGUUUGGAGGAGAUUGGUUGAUUGAUUUGAUCGAUGUUUUCUUCAUAAGAUAAGAAUAAAGACAUCAAAUCUGAUCGGUCUGAUCCGAAAAUAAAUGUUUUAUUAUGAUGCAUGUGUUUUUGUAGGAAAUAUAUCAUUAUUGAAUCAAUAAAUAUAUAUGGGUUUCUGUUCAA